CUCCGAGCGCUCCCUCCGCAGCCAUCAUGGUGCACUGGUCGGCCGAAGAGAAGCAGUUGAUCACCGCCCUUUGGAACAAGGUCGACCUAGCCGAGAUCGGCGCCGCCACUCUGGCUAAGAUGCUGGUGAUGUUCCCCUGGACCCAGCGGCUCUUCGCCCACUUCGGGAACCUCUCGAGCCCCACCGCCAUAUGCGGCAACCCCCAGGUCAAGGCCCACGGGAAGAAGGUGCUCACCUCCUUCGGGGAGGCCAUCAAGCACCUGGACGGCGUCAAGGAGACCUUUGCCAAGCUGAGCGAGCUGCACUGCGACAAGCUGCACGUGGACCCCGAGAACUUCAAGCUUCUGGGAAACGUCCCCAUCAUCGUCCUGGCGGGUCACUUUGGAAAAGAGUUCACUCCGGCCUGCCAAGCCGCCUUUCAGAAGCUG